AUUGUAACUUUGAUCUUAAAAAAAGUGACCGUCUAAUAUAUUUUCAAAAAAAAUUGGCUCCUUAAUAAAUAUAUAUCUAUCCUUAACAUUGCUGUUGCAUAGUGUGGUUCACUUCACUUUUCAACUCACCGACUUCGUUUCUCAUCAAGGUUUUGCCACACAAGCUUUGAAAAUGGGUCGUGGUGUGAGUAGUGGUGGUGGUCAGAGUUCUCUGGGUUAUCUCUUUGGUACCGGAGAGCCUACCAACAAUGCUCAACGUGCAACUAAUCAAGUUGAACCUUCAAGUGGCGGGCGUUUGCAAAAUGCUACUGUUUCUCCACCAGCUACUAUUGCUUCACUAGCUGGCGUUGCUUCACCCGUUAGGGCUGCUUCACCACCGAUCGAUAAGGAAACUCCAGCCGGUAUUCCUGGGAGUCUCAAGAACAAUUACCAUCGGGCCGAUGGACAAAACUGUGGCAACUUCCUCACUGAUCGACCCUCGACCAAAGUUCACGCUGCCCCGGGUGGUGGAUCUUCCUUAGAUUAUCUCUUUGGCGGUCCAGCUCCAAGUAGUAAAUAAUUUACCACUGUGACAGUAAAAUAAUGUUUAUCAUUCAAACCUACCGGUGUAAAGUAGAUGUUAUUGUUGCUUUAUGUUUAGACCAGUGGAUCUGUUUCUUGUGCAAUGCAAGUGAACCUUUGACAGUGUUGGAGUGGCUUAAUGGAACUAAGCUGUUUCGUUGGCCCUUUGUGCAAUUGUGUUGGUUUCUGUUAAGGAAUUUAUAUUGUAUGUAUGAGCUUUAGUAGCUCAGAAUUAUUCUGUUAUCUUUAUGUGUGUUGAUAUCAUAAUAUUAACUCUGUUUCAAUCAAUUAUCAUUUUGCCA